AUGACCUUUCUAGAUCCGCAGUACUUUGAUGAUGAGUUUCGAGUGAGUCAAAGAAUCAUUAGAGAGCUCGGGGACCUCGGGGACCUUAGGGAGCUCGGGGACCUCAGGGAGCUCGGGGACCUUAGGGAGCUCGGGGACCUCAGGGAGCUCGGGGACCUCAGGGAGCUCGGGGACCUCAGGGAGCUCGGGGAGCUCAUGGAGAUCGGGGACCUCGGGGACCUCAGGGAGCUCAUGGACCUCAGGGAGCUCAGGGACUUCAGGGACCUCGGGGAGCUCAGGGACCUCAGGGAGCUCAGGGACUUCAGGGACCUCGGGGAGCUCAGGGAGCUCGGGGACCUCGGGGACCUCAGGGAGCUCGAGGACCUAAUGGAGAUCGGGGACCUCGGGGAGCUCAUGGACCUCAGGGAGCUCAGGGACCUCAGGAAGCUCGGGGACCUCAGGAAGCUCGGGGACCUCAGGGAGCUCGGGGACCUCAGGGAGCUCGGGGACCUCAGGGAGCUCGGGGACCUCAGGGAGCUCAGGGAGCUCAUGGACCUCAUGGACCUCAGGGAGCUCAUGGACCUCAGGGAGCUCAGGGACUUCAGGGACCUCGGGGAGCUCAGGGACCUCAGGGAGCUCGGGGACCUCAAGGAGCUCGGGGACCUCAUGGAGAUCGGGGACCUCGGGGAGCUCAAGGAGCUCGGGGACCUCAUGGAGAUCGGGGACCUCAGGGAGCUCAGGGAGCUCGGGGACCUCAGGAAGCUCAGGGAGCUCGGGGACCUCAGGGGAGCUCGGGGACCUCAGGGAGCUCAUGGACCUCAGGGAGCUCAGGGAGCUCGGGGACCUCGGGGAGCUCAUGGACCUCAGGGAGCUCAGGGAGCUCGGGGACCUCAGGGAGAUCGGGGACCUCGGGGAGCUCAGGGACCUCAGGGACCUCAGGGAGUUCAUGGACCUCAUGGAGAUCGGGGACCUCGGGGAGCUCAGGGAUCUCAGGGACCUCAGGGAGCUCAGGGACCUCAUGGACCUCAGGGAGCUAGGGGACCUCAUGGAGAUCGGGGACCUCGGGGAGCUCAUAUACCUCAGGGAGCUCAGGGAGAUCGGGGACCUCAGGGAGCUCGGGGACCUCAUGGAGAUCGGGGACCUCAGGGAGCUCAUGGACCUCAGGGAGCUCAGGGAGAUCGGGGACCUCAGGGAGCUCGGGGACCUCAUGGAGAUCGAGGACCUCGGGGAGCUCAGGGAGCUCAGGGAGCUCGAGGACCUCAUGGAGAUCGGGGACCUCGGGGAGCUCAGGGACCUCAGGGACCUCAGGGAGCUCAGGGAGCUCGGGGACCUCGGGGAGCUCAGGGACCUCAGGGAGAUCGGGGACCUCGGGGAGCUCAGGGACCUCAGGGACCUCAGGGACCUCAGGGAGCUCGGGGACCUCAUGGAGAUCGGGGACCUCAGGGAGCUCAGGGAUCUCAUGGACCUCAGGGAGCUCAUGGACCUCAGGGAGCUCAGGGAGCUCGGGGACCUCAGGGAGAUCGGGGACCUCGGGGAGCUCAGGGACCUCAGGAAGCUCAGGGACCUCAGGGAGCUCAGGGACCUCAGGGAGCUCGGGGACCUCAGGGAGCUCGGGGACCUCAGGGAGCUCGGGGACCUCAGGGAGCUCGGGGACCUCAGGGAGCUCGGGGACCUCAGGGAGCUCGGGGACCUCGGGGAGCUCGGGGACCUCGGGGAGCUCAGGGACCUCAGGAACCUCAGGGCUCUCAGGGACCUCAGGGAGCUCAGUAG